UUAUUGAUUGUAUUAAAAAAUAUAGACUCUACAAUACUUAUUCGAACAUACGGCUAUUUGUAAAAUUCGUUCCAAUAAUUCCCGUACCAUUAUUUUUCGGUGGAACAGGCUUGCAGUGUAUAGAGUUUUUAAUCAUGUACAAUAAGACAGAAGAGGUUGACACUUUGUUGUCUGCAGAGUCAACUAUUUCCCUACUGUUGACAGCAGUAUAUGCAGUGACUGGAUGGUUGUUUGCCACUGUGUUUAGAGGAAAGGUGUCACAGAUUGACUACUGGGUACUAAUUUGGCUGGUGUAUGAUGUUCUUAUACAUAUCACAUUAGAGGGGUCAUUUGUAGUGAUCUCCCUGGUCAGUACUGUACAGGACAGUGACCAUUUUGCUGCCAUGACAUGGAAGGAGUAUGCAAAGGCGGAUGAACGCUGGGGUAUAUCUGAUCCAACCAUUGUUUCCCUGGAAAUUCUCACGGUAACCAUAGUUACCCUGUUUGCUAUAAUGUUGAUAUAUGCCAUUAUAGAAGGACGGUAUUACAGACACUUCCUGCAGAUAAGUGUAUGUGUCUGUGAACUAUAUGGUGGAUGGAUGACAUUUUGUCCGGAGUGGUUGACAGGUAGCAAGUACCUGCACACAGAUAAUUGGCUUUAUCUAUGGGUGUAUUUAGUUUUCUUCAACAUGCUGUGGGUGGUGAUACCUUUACUGUUACUGUGGCAGUCCUGGGCUGAGAUGAAGAUUCUUUUGGGAGGACAAGGGGACAUAAUUAGUGAAACAAUAACAACAACAACGAAUACAGUGAGAACAUAUGAAACAAGGUCCAAGGCAAAGGCUUCCAAAAAAGAUUGAAUACAUUUUAUCAUAUUAUAUAUUACAUAUUAUAUAACAUAUCCUUAUGCAGCUUUAAAUGUUACUUUGUCCUGGCUGUGAAUUUUUAGUUAUAUUUUUGAGAUUUUUUACAGUUAUUAUUAGAAAACGUGUAAAGGUUUGUAGGCAAGAAAAAUACUCCUCACAGUGAUAUGUGUGAUUUGUUUUUAUGUUUAAAUAUUAGUGUGUAGGGAUAUAAUGGUUAAAGGUUAAUGCUAAUAUCUAGUUUAGUUAUGCUUUGUUUUAAAGGGGGCAUGCCUCAAGAUUUGUGUCGAUUUAUAUACAUUGGGGUCAUAACUGUAAUAUAUUUGGAACUGUAUGUACAUGAAGAUUUGUUGGACAGAAUAUUUAUAUUAAGGGAAUGUAUGAAACACUUUUGAGAAAGAAAUUAUUUGUAUGAAAUCCUCAUUUAUAUAGAAAAAAAUUCAUUUUUAAUGAUACAAAAAACAAUUUUGUUUUGGGCAAUUUAAAAUUUUUUUUUUUUUGACACAAAACAAUGUGUAGUGGGGCUGAGUCAAUCUUAUUAUCACAGUCUGUUGAUUAAGUUUUAUCUAUAGUUAGGCAAGCAUAUCUGUGUGCUCUGUCUUUACUAUUUUGACUCAAUUUUUGUAUUUUUUAAGAUUACCUAUGGAUUGUUUCAAAUUGCAUUGCUUAUAAAGAAUGGGUGGGGUGAAGGAUUUAAUAUGAAUUAAGUAAAUUUUUAAUCAUUAUUUUUUCAUUAUUUAAUGGUUGCAGCAUUGAAAUGUUGUAAACCAAUUAAUGACACCCAAUCUAGAGGCAUUCCUAGUUAAAAAAAAACAACUAUGCAUUGUUUUGUAUGUUUUAUAUCUAAAUGUUACUUUGAUAGCUUGUCUAUUUUAUUUAUAUAGUGUUAUACUUUUAGUUUAAAGUAAAUUGAUCUUGACCCUUACCCUUCUGAAACUGAAAGUGGUUUUUCUGUCAGUACAGAACCAAGCCAGUAUGUACAUCCAUGCUGUCUGACCAGGUUCAAUACUGUUGCCUGAGCAACUUAAAAUUUUCAUUUUGAUACAAUCAGGAUUAGUAAUGGACUGUUCCAAAAAAAUAAAGGAAGCUCGAAAAGUCCAUUGUCAGCAUGUUUAGGGUUGAUAAUAAUACGAGAACCAUUUUUCUUUAGUUUAUUGUUUAGUUAUUUUUACUGAUUGUCAAGUUAUUGCCUUACCUUUAUUUCAAGUGUGGUAUGAAACUUAAAAUUGUUAAUCAUUUUCAGGUAAUCAAGUCACUCAGGUCACUCAGAUAUUUUAGUGUCUUAUCUGGCUCAGGAAUUAUUUGUUCCAGCUUAAAUGGUGCCAAAUUUAAGUUUAAGAUUAAGGCUUGAUGAUCAUUAAUAUGUUUUUUUGUGUCGAGUUUAUCAUCACAGUUUUUGACAUAGUAUUGUUUAAUGUAGAUACAUUUUUGUUUGAAAAUUCAUGCUUUCAAAUCAAUUACAAUCUCAUUUAAAUCAUGUCCUAACCGAUACUGGGAUCCUACAUGUUUACCAGUUUAUUCCUGUCAAAUUAGGCUUUAUUUUUUGCUUCGAUUCAAAAAUCAUCUGGUCUGAAUCGUACACAUACUUUCUAUUUCAAAGUAAAUAACAACAAAAUCACUCUCAGGCAAAUAUUGUUGAUUCAGUUCUUUAUUUAUUUACAUACCCUUUUGUUUACUAGUUAUUCCAUGACCUGGUCAUGCGGGGGAAUAAUCUGUUCUGCGCAUUCCCGAAUAUUGAGGCCCUCAAUGAGUUAUUUUAGAUAGGUUUUACUUUUAAUUCUUCUCAAUGUUACCUCAGGAGACAAUCGUAACAUAUUCUAAUAAUGAUAAAAAGUAAUUUUAAAUUUCGUUCAAACAAUAUCUCGUUGUUGUCUUUUACAAAGAAUGCAAAUUAAAAAACAUAUAAGGAAACGGGUUACGCCCAUGGGAGGAAACUCUACAUGAAAUGUACAAAAAAUAUACUUUAUGGCUUUUGCAACAUACUACAUGAUGACCAAAAGGAAACUGUAUCGAGAAACAACAAAAUUCCAUUUGAAUAUCAAAAUGUGUCAUACAUUUAAGGAUCUUGAAGUAUCAAUACGUUAAUUGAGUUAAUAGUGUUAAUUUCAAUCACACCCCUAUAUUGGCCUCUUCGUAACAAGCAUGGCUGCAGUGUCUAUUUUAGUGACAUACUGUGUUUUUCCAGUAUCUUAACAUUGCCUUUCAAUAGUUGUAGUUUCCUUGCUUAAUUCCAUUUUCAAGACUUCAAAAAAUUUUGAAACACAAUGUCCGGUAAAUUGAGUUGUCUACACGAUUUUUUUCCUCUUUUAAUGCCCUACUUUAAAGACACAUUUCUUCGGUUAAAUGUUUAAUUUUAUGCUUGAUAAAGGAAUGUUUACGUAUAUUAAGAACCCACAAUUAUUUGGGUAAAAUUUCAUUCUUUUUUAUUGUUUUAAAUAAAAGUUACAUCGAAAAAACAUCAUAUUUUGUCCGGUAAUAUGUAGUAUCCCAGUAUAUCUUAACUUUUCACUAGGUAGGGAAGGGAAUUGGAGGAAAAAUUAGGUGCUGAGUUUAGUGAAAUUGCUAUUAUACAAUAUCCAUGUGAGGCUUUGGCCAAACAUUCUCGCCAUGUUGUUAUGGGCUGUUAACUGUCUGAGGCAAAGAGACAACUGUAUUCAUUUAUCUUAAGAAUUCAGAAAUGAAGUUCAUAUAUUUUAUUAGUUUGGUGCAUUUGUAUUAUUUUACCACUUUAUUGAUAUUAGUUUAUUAAUUUUUUACAGCAAAACCCUCAUUUUCUUCCCAUAUAUUUAGUUUUACAUAUAUUGGUGCACUUACAAUAUUUGAAUCUUUCCUAGUUUUAACACAAGAUGUGUUGAAUAUGCAAUUUUAACUUUUGACAUUACCUAUUAUACUGAUUUUUUCACUGCCAAAAACAAAGCCAUGAUAAUCUCUUUCAUCACAUUUAUUUAGUGAGAUCAUUCUUUAUACUACUGGUUGCUAAAUAUAUAAAACUAAAUCCAUUUACCAGGUAAUUAACUAUUAAAUGGUUCUGUGUUAAGAAUAGUCAUAUAAAUAGAUUUAGUAGAGUUUAUCAUGUACGAACUCAAUCAAACUCGAUCAAACCGAGUCUGCAAUUUUCAUGUUAUUUUGUUGUGGUAAUUCUUCCGAGGGAUCAUACCUUCUCCAGAUUUAUAUCAUUAGAGUAAAGCAGAUUGAUUAUGAAUGGUGCAUAAUUAUUGUUUGAUAAAAUGUAUAAAGCUAUAUCUCUGAUUCCAAAAAUCAAUAUUUUGGUUUUGAAAGAAGAAUACUUCAAAAAUAUUUUUUAUCAUGAAAGAAGUAAGUUUCUUUAUUUCUUUGAAAGUGGGUGGUGCAUGAACAAAACCUUUGCUAAACACUAGAAAACAGUUAAAACUUAAAACCUUUCAUAAUUAAAUAGCAGCAAUUAUUAUUUUAUUUCAGAACAUUUUAUUUUCUUUACCUACAAUAUGUAUGUAUGUGAAAUAAAAAGGAAUUUUAUGUUCCAGCAUUUUGGAUUAUCAUUUACUGUUAAAAUUUCUAUAAUUCCUAUAAAAAAACCCCAUAAGAUAUAGCUUUAUAACAUUUAAUAUCUUUUAUAACAUUUAAUAUCUUUUUAUUUUUGAUCUGAAUACAUUUAUACCAUGUUGAGCAAGGUUGUAGGUUUUGAAUUGUGAUUCUCUGGUUGUAACAUUUUUUUGUGAUAUUUACAUUGACAUUUUUAUUGAAAGAGAUUGUAAAGUAAACAUUUGUUUGGUUUGUACUUUAAGUAUCAUGUUUUAGAUAUACACACAUCAAGAAUGUAAACAUAUUUGUCAAAAAAUGAAAUAUUUGUAAACUAUGUAAUGAAAUAACAGCUUAAAGGCCCAUUAAGCUUCAGAAAUGCU